AUGCGUGAAAUGUAUUCACGUGUUGCACACGAUAUGGGAAUGUUUCAUUAUCCCCUUCGUAUUGCUAUUAAACAAGAUUUUAUUCAAUUAGUUAAACUUAUUCUUAAUUAUAAACAAUUAUUUAAUAUGAAAAUAGAAGAAGCGUAUACAAAACGAACAGCAUUACAUAUUGCUGCUGGAAAACGUUCAACUGAGAUUAUUUCUCUUUUAUUAGAAGAAGAUCAAUUAGAUUUAAAUGGUCAUGCACCAUUAGAUAUUGUUUGGAAAUUACUUAAUAAUUUAGAUUAUGAAUUUGAAUGUAGAGAAGAGACUUUAAAAUUAAUGUUAAGUCAUAAAUGUAAAUUUUCAUCACUUAAAUCAUUAACAGAAUUUUAUACAAAUUCAAAUCGAAAUUAUCAAGAUACAGUCAUGGAAGAUGAUAAAUUUGAUUGA